AUCUGUCCUUCUCCGAGCAGCGUGUGAUUCUCCUCUCGCUUGAGCCAUGGACAGAGCAUUUGCUUUUGCUCGCAAAGAAUUUCUUCAGGCUUUCGUUCGUGUAUUCUCGUGAACCUUCCAUCUUAUGCCUCAAUCAUCGUUAGGCAUUGAGUUAGGAUUCGAGUUUCCAUUCUCCAUAGCUUUUACCGAAAUAAGACUACACGACAAAAAACCGUCCUUGUAUGAUUAUUUCAUUUCGACCUCGCAAUCAGACCCAGUUCUUGAUUCUCAUCCUUUAUUGUGCAACUUUCAUCCCAGACGCAUCGUCUUUGAUUGCGAUAUUAAUCUUGUUGCAAGCUUGUUCUGUUUUCGCCGCAAGUGAUUCCCAAACUAUGAAGGUUCAUCCUGUGCCCAGAAAACGCAACAUCACCAUUCAAUUUGACAUGAAUGCAGGAAAUCCUCUUUCUGAAGCUCAGGCACUUCUGGGUUUCACAAAUAAGAAGCUGCGGAGGCUCCCCCAUGUCUUCAGUCGCGUCUUGGAGCUUCCAUUUCGCUCCGACGCCGAUGUGACAAUCGAGGAAAGCCCUGACUUCUUCCGAUUCGUGGCUGAAACUGACGGAAUCGGCGACGUGCAAGCUCAUAUGGUGGAAAUCCAUCCUGGGGUCACCAAGGUUGUGGUGAGGGAUAGUGGGUCUUUGGAGUUAUCGCUGGAUGAACUGGAGCUUGACAUAUGGAGGUUUCGGCUGCCGGAAUCGACCCGGCCGGAACUUGCCAGCGCAGUUUUUGCUGACGGAGAGCUCAUUGUGACAGUGCCAAAGAGUGAAGAAUUGGAGCAUGCUGAGGAUGAAAAUGGAGGGUUGUGGAGUGAUGGUAAUGGGAAUUUCGGAGGAAGACUUGUGCUUGUCAUUGCUUACGCUUCUGAGUUUGAGGAGCAUUUGCUUCUACACAGUUAUUCUGCACAUUUUGGUUGAGCUGAACUUCAGGGCCAAAUCUUUUCAUGAUCCCUAACAAUAAAAGGAUAAGUUGGAUGGGAUAACAGGCAAGAGAAGAGAGAUUAUGAACUUGCUGUUUCUUUUCUGAUUUUUCAAUUUUGUUCGUUUUCCUGUUAGGCCAUAUAGCUAGUUCUGCUGGAAAGCCUUAGAUUUAGGUCUGCCUAAUCCAAACAUCACAUUUUUCUUUCAUGAUCCGUUCUGUUCAACAUUUUUCUGUGCCCAAUAAGAGCAACACAUGAAUUGCAAGGCAGUUAUAUCUUUACCUCCUUGUUUUCGUUUCAUUCGAGUUCCCAUCAUUGACCAACUGUUGCAUCAUUUGAGUUUGUAGAAGGUGAAAUUUCAUUUCCCUUCUUUAUACUUGUUGGUGCUCAAUCAUUUGCAUUUCCUUUUCCUUUUGGUUAUAAAUGGGGCCUAAGCAUUAGGAGAGGAAAAAGUUGAAUGCGUAGGAUCACACCCUCAACAACAGGUCCUCAAUCUUGAAAGAUU